AUGGAAGACGACUUCAACAAAGAAGGUUUCAAAGGAGUGGUACAUUCACCACCAACAACCUUGAGAUCGGGGAAAGUCAGAAACCCACUAAGUAAGACCGAUGAUCCGCAACAAGGAACUUCAACCGCGAAAAAUCCCGAAGACGGAGCCGAAGAUAGAAUCCAGAUCCUAGAGGAACAGGUCAAAGCCAUGUCAAAUGCGCUUAAAAACGUAGAGCUAUCGGCAAGUCGAUACGCCUCGCAAGACUCGUUAGAGUAUAUAGAGAGGAACACAAACGCGAUCGAUCCGAGAGUAAAUACAACGCAAAACAUUGGUAUACGCCUACCAAAGGGAGGAUGGUUAAAGAGCCCAUUCGAGGAGCUAAAAUUCAAUGGAAAAACAGAAGAUAUGAACCCCAUGCGGUUCUUAAAGAAAUUCAAUUUGAUCGCGAACUACGAAGAGAUCGACGACCGGGAUCUAAUACACUUUUUUGGAAGAUGUAUGAAGGACCAAGCGGCCGUAUGGUAUGAGGUCCAAGAUUUCGCACAUAUAAACGAGGCCCGGGAGGCGUUUAUUCAACGUUUCUGGGGAGAUACCCAGCAAGCCAAAUUUCGCGAAAAACUCUAUAUGGGGCAGUACAAACCUGGAAAAUCGUCAACAAUGGCGGAUUACGCCCUGGAUUUAGCCAGACAAGCAAAAUUGCUUGAACCCCCAAUGGGAGAUGCGGAAAUAAUACGCUGCGUUAAAAGGCACUUCGAUAAAGAAGUCGCGCGUGAAAUCAAGUGGUCAACCACUAAAAAUAUUUCCGAACUAACGUCGAUCCUUGAGGAGAUACACGACGAGAAACAGGCGGCUGCGGAGACUAAGUCAGCGAGAGACAAGUCAUCAGAGAAAGCCUCGACCAAAAGUGCAACAAAGAAGAGACAAGACCCGGCGACACAAUACCAGAAAACCAAAUGGAACUCGAAAAAGAGUCCAUACGUCCGAAAUAAGGAGCAAAAAGCGCUUCCAUGGUACGGACAGGAAGCAAAAAAAUUAAAGCCGAAGGUGGAGUUUCCAGAAUCUGAGUCCGAUGAAGAGGACCGGCAGAAUAAAGCAACGAAAUCGAAGAAUGCCUCAAGAGGAAGAAAAACAUCCAACGAGACGAAAGCGCCGAAGAAGAAGGGAAUUUCUACCAUUAAGCAAAGACAGCUUUCAUCGACGGAUUCGGAAGAGACUACGGACGAAAGUAGCCCAAAUGACAAUCCGGAAGAGUCCUUCGAAGAGAAAAAAAUCUCGAUUAUGAGGACCCAAAAGAUCAUCAAAGAUCUAAGCGAUGACGAGGUUCAUAAUAAGAACAAGUCACAAUCGAAACCAAUUAUCGACAUUAAAAUUGGAAAAACUAAGAUACGCGCACUAGUCGAUACAGGUGCGGAGAUAUCUGUCAUGUCCAAAAACACGUUGGACAGCCUGAUAAAAGCCGGAGAGAAUUUCGAUCGAAUUCCGGUGAGAAAAUGCAAAUUGAAAGGUGCUUUUGGCGAGCAGGAGCUCACAAUAGCAUGCAAGAUCCAAUUAUCGAUAAAUAUCGAAAAGAAUCGACUAUUGCAGGAAUUUUAUGUAGUCGAUAGAUUAUCGUACCCAAUGGUAUUGGGAAACGAUAUGUUGACCAAGUUUAGCGCGAGAAUUAAAUAUCGCGAAAACAGGUUCAACGUCAAAUUCAGAAACAACGAAGAAGUCAAGUCAAUUCUAUCGAUCGCCAUGUCUGAAGUAGAAGGGGGCGUCGAAUUAAAAAGAAUACUAAAGAAACAUCCAAAAGUAUUCGAAGACAAAAUCGGCAAGGUAACCCACUACGAACAUAAAAUAGAAAUGAGCGACGAUAAACCGUACAAAAAGAAACCAUAUCCCGUUCCUGAGGUACACAGAGACGCGGUACGCAAAAUGAUAAAGGAAUGGAUUCAACAAGGAAUCAUCAAAAAAGCCGCGACUCAAUAUAUCAACCCAUUGGUCACGGUUAAAAAGAAAUCCGGAGACUUGCGGAUAUGCUUGGACGCGAGAGAGAUAAACAAGAAAAUGGUGGCGGACCACGCACAACCUCCAACUAUUGACGAGGUGUUCAGCCGCAUAGGAAAUAAAAAAUAUUUCUCCACGCUAGACGUCACCCAGGCAUUUUGGCAAAUUCCCCUAGAUAAAACUAGCAGAAAAUACACUGGUUUUAUGUUCGAUGGCCAAUCAUAUGUUUUUAAGAGAUUACCAUUUGGAUUGAAAACAGCCGGUGCGUCUUUUACAAGAGCCAUGAAUAAGGCAUUAAAGAAUGAUAAUCUAGAAUUCGUUAUCGUAUAUCUCGACGACAUCUUGAUCGCAUCGAACAGUCUCCAAGAACAUCUGAAACAUAUAGAUCUCGUGAUUGGACGAUUGGAAGACGUUGGUUUCAAACUCAAUAAAGAGAAAUGCGAAUUCCUAAAAAAGGAAAUAAAAUUCCUCGGACACACGUUCGACAACGUAACAGCGAACAUCAACAAAGAAACGAAAUGUUCAAUAGCCUCAUUCCAGAGACCCAAAACCAAGAAAAACAUCCAAGCUUUUUUGGGGUUAGUCAACUGGGAUCGAAGAUUUGUCAAAAAUUUGGCAAGACUAACGAAACCCCUGAAAAAUUUGCUAAAAAGAAUGUAA